AUGGAUAUGCAAGCUUAUUUGAGUAAGCUUGGUGCCUUGAAAGCAAGCUACGCAACCUUAAUUGCCCUAAACAAAGAUGCAACAGCUCAUGCUGAACAACAGAGUAAAAUUUUCAUGAUCAUGGCACUUAAAGGACUACCGCCAGAACUCGAGUCUGUUCGUAACCAGAUUUUAUCAGAUACUAAUGUUCCUAACUAUGACGCAGUUAGUGAACAACUGUUGCGUUUGGCUACACCUCAUGCCUUUGGCCCGGUCUUCCCUCCAUCUUCUGUUGCCCUGACCCCAGGUGACACUGUUGCCCUUGCAUCCCUUGGCAACAAUCAAAAUCGCUUUCAAGGAGGGUCAUCCAACUCCAAACCUUGUCCCAAAUUUGACCAUUGUAACUGA